AUGAGUUCUAAGCAAUCUUCCACGGGUCACACAGCUUCGUCUUCAGACCAAACGGCUCUAGCUAUAAAGAGCGAAAAGAAUAACAUUUGGGCUCGGGAAAGAAGAAGACGGGAGGCAGCUCAUAUACGAGAACUGAAGACGAAGAUCUCGAAACUUUCAUCACAAGAAACGGCACUGCAAAGCGACAACGAGCGAUUGGAAGCGGAGUUAGCCAGUAUCGAGGCCAUGAAUGACCAUCUCAGAGCCAGCGAUUCUCAAGAAUCGUCUGCAAAGGAGGGCUCGACAGAUCAGGUUUGA